UAAGCAGAAAAUAAUAUCAACAACAACAAUAAAAAACAAUGACAUUAAUGUAUCGCUUCUUUCUGGGCUCGAUCAGUGAAUAUGAAAAGAUGAGGAUCGUUUUAUUGCUGAUUAUUACGCUUAUUAGAGAAAGUUUCACCUUUCAACCUGAAUUUGUGGAAAGCAUAUCAAAUGUCUCAGUAGCAGUGGGUCGAGAUGCUACAUUCACAUGCCAUGUGCGACAUUUGGGUGGUUAUAGGGUGGGGUGGUUAAAAGCAGAUACAAAAGCUAUUCAAGCGAUACACGAGAACGUCAUCACACACAAUCCACGUGUCAGUGUUAGUCACUUGGAUCAGAAUACAUGGAAUCUACAUAUAAAAGCAGUGUCGGAAGAGGAUCGCGGUGGCUAUAUGUGUCAACUGAAUACGGAUCCAAUGAAAAGUCAGAUUGGCUUCCUGGAUGUAGUAAUACCACCCGAUUUUGUUGCUGAAGAUACCUCAUCAGAUGUAAUUGUACCAGAAGGCAGCUCAGUCAAAUUAACGUGUCGCGCUCGUGGCUAUCCCGAACCGAUCGUGACCUGGCGCCGAGAAGACGGCAACGAAAUUGUGCUCAAAGACAGUAUUGGCACAAAGUCUAUGGUGUCCUCAUUUCGUGGUGAAGUGUUAAAGCUGACGAAAAUUUCACGCAACGAAAUGGGCUCGUACCUCUGCAUUGCAUCAAACGGUGUGCCGCCGUCGGUCUCCAAGCGCAUCUCGCUCAGCAUACAUUUUCAUCCUGUCAUUCAAGUACCGAAUCAAUUAGUUGGAGCACCGCUUGGCACUGAUGUGCAGAUCGAGUGUCACGUCGAGGCCUCACCAAAAUCAAUUAACUACUGGAUUAAGGACACUGGUGAAAUGAUUGUGUCCUCAUCAAAAUAUCAUGUACAGGAAUCCUCAAAAUCCAUGUAUGAGACGAAGAUGACAAUGAUUGUGCGUAAAUUCCAAAAAGACGAUGUCGGCUCGUAUCGCUGCAUAGCGAAGAAUUCACUUGGUGAGGUAGAUAGUAGCAUAAGACUUUAUGAAAUUCCCGGUCCGAAUCGUAAAAAUCCUGCAGGCAAACAUGCCGGUGGUGGCAACAACGAUGCCGACACCAAUGACGUGUUAAAAAUGAAGCAAGUCAAAGUCACAUAUCAGCCAGACGAUGAGGACCUAUACGGCUCGGCGGAGGAUUUCGAUGACAGCGAAUUACCGUUGCCGCCGUUAACGCCCAACAUCUAUUACACGAAUGGUCAGAAGCUGCCGACACAUCGACCGGCCACGUCCGGCGCUGGUGCUGGCAUUGGCGGCGGCAGUGGCGGUACUCUUGCCACAGCAAAUGGUGGUGGUGAUGGUGGUGGUAGUACAUCUGAUGGUCGCCAUCACCAUCAUAACUCAGCUGGCGUAGGCGGUGGUAGUGGUGGUGUUGGUGGCGGAGUCGGUGGUUUGAGCAAUCUCGAUUUCGGCAACUUAGGCGCCACAAGCGGCAGCAUCAGCAUUGGUGGAGGUUUCGCGGCAGUAGCUUUUGCUGGUAUGACGCGCAAGGCACCGUUUUAUGGUAGCGUUGGUGGCAUAUUUGGUGGCAAAACGGAAGUGCGCAAUGCAAUGGACGACAAUAACGAGUUGACAUCGGCUGCCGGUGGCACACGACAACAACGACGACGCAUUGCGUCACUGUGGCAGCACGGUUGGUGGUGGUGGUGGCAACAGCAACUGGACAGCAGUCAUUACCGAUGGCGCGGGCAGUGGCAGCAAGCGCUGCUCGUAUUGCUCAUUCCCACUUUAAUCACUUCAUUCUGUUGGAAUUUAUUAUAA